AUGUUGAAAGAAGAGAGCAACGAGAGUGGUGGUACACGAGCAUGUGACACAUGUCGUUCAGCCGCCUGCACUAUCUACCGUGAAGCUGAUUCUACCUACUUGUGCACCACCUGCGAUGCUCGAGUUCACGCAGCCAAACGUGUCCGUGUCUGCGACUCAUGCGAGUCUGCCCCGGCUGCGUUUUUCUGUAAAGCAGACGCUGCGUCUCUUUGUACAGCUUGUGAUGCUGAGAUCCAUUCCGCAAACCCUCUAGCUAGACGUCAUCAACGUGUGCCUAUAACUUCAAACUCUUGCGGCUCCAUGGCCACUGAUGGAGAUAAUAAUGUCAUGAUGGUGAGUGAAGAAAAAGAGGAUGCGGAUGAGGUGGCUUCCUGGUUGAUGCUUAAUCCAGGGAAAAACAAUCAGAACAAUGGGUUCUUGUUUGGUGUUGAGUAUCUUGAUCUUGUGGACUACAGCUCCAGCAUAGACAACCAGUUCGAAGAUCAGUACAGUAAAUACCAUAGGAGCUUUGGUGGAGGAGAAGAUGGAGUUGUGCCACUUCAACUUGAAGAAUCAUCAACAAGUCACAUGCAACAAAGCCAACACAACUUUCAUUUGGGUGUUAACUAUGGUUACUCUACAGAACCUCAGUACAGCUACGUUAGUGUUGUGCCAGAGUCAUCAAGUGACACAACAGUCCAACACGCUAAAGAGACAAUAGACCAAGUAUGUGGCCCACCUACUCAGAUGGUGCAGCAGCUAACUCCAGCUGACAGGGAAGCUAGAGUCCUGAGAUACAGAGAGAAGAAGAAGAGGAGGAAGUUUGAGAAGACAAUAAGGUAUGCUUCAAGAAAGGCUUAUGCAGAGGUAAGACCAAGGAUCAAAGGCCGUUUCGCAAAGAGGAUAGAUAUGGAAGCUGAUGCAGAACAACUCUUCUCAACAUCACUAAUGUCCAAUACCAGUUAUGGAAUUGUUCCUUCUUUCU